AGGGGCUGGAAGGAAAUGAAUUUUGAAGCGGCGCCGUUCAGCACCUUGCAGUACUACCCCGAUCCCUGCAUCCCGCGGUUUGUAGAAACUCCGAGCCACUUCUCCUGGAAGGAGAGUUACUACCGCUCAGCCAUGUCCCAGAGCUCCCAGCCCAGGGAGUUCCUCAGCCCAGAGGUGAUCCAGCAUAUCUGGGACUUCCUGGAACAGCCAAUAUGCUCGGUUCAGCCAAUUGAUUUGAACUUCAUUGAUGACCCAUCUGAAAAUGGCCCUACAAACAAGAUAGAGAUCAGCAUGGAUUGUGUCCGCCUGCAGGAUACGGAGCUGAGUGACCCAAUGUGGCCGCAGUACACGAACCUGGGGCUCCUAAACAGCAUGGACCAGCAGAUUCAGAAUGGCUCUUCCUCUACCAGCCCCUACAACACGGAGCACGCGCAGAACAGCGUCACGGCCCCUUCGCCUUACGCCCAGCCCAGCUCCACUUUUGAUGCCCUCUCGCCCUCCCCAGCCAUCCCUUCCAACACAGACUACCCGGGACCUCACAGCUUCGAUGUAUCAUUUCAACAGUCCAGCACAGCAAAGUCUGCAACGUGGACGUAUUCCACUGAACUGAAGAAGCUGUACUGCCAGAUUGCCAAGACAUGCCCCAUUCAGAUCAAGGUGAUGACCCCACCACCCCAGGGAGCUGUCAUCCGGGCGAUGCCAGUCUACAAGAAAGCAGAGCACGUCACCGAAGUGGUCAAACGCUGCCCGAACCACGAGCUGAGCCGGGAGUUCAACGAGGGGCAGAUCGCACCUCCUAGCCACCUGAUCAGAGUGGAAGGAAACAGCCAUGCUCAGUACGUGGAAGACCCCAUCACUGGGAGACAGAGUGUGCUGGUCCCAUAUGAGCCACCUCAGGUUGGUACUGAGUUCACAACAGUCUUGUACAACUUCAUGUGUAACAGUAGCUGUGUAGGAGGGAUGAACCGUCGCCCAAUUCUCAUCAUUGUCACACUGGAAACCAGAGAUGGGCAAGUCUUGGGCCGCCGAUGUUUUGAAGCUCGCAUUUGUGCUUGCCCAGGCAGAGAUCGCAAAGCAGAUGAGGACAGCAUCCGCAAGCAGCAAGUCUCUGACAGCACAAAGAAUGGUGAUGGUACGAAACGCCCUUUUCGACAAGGAACUCAUGGCAUACAGAUGACAUCUAUCAAGAAAAGACGUUCUCCAGAUGAUGAGCUCUUGUACUUGCCGGUAAGGGGACGAGAAACGUAUGAAAUGCUACUGAAGAUCAAGGAGUCCCUGGAACUUAUGCAGUACCUUCCCCAGCACACAAUUGAAACUUACCGUCAGCAGCAGCAACAGCAGCACCAGCACUUGCUCCAGAAGCAGACCUCCAUUCAGUCACAGUCAUCCUAUGGCUCCAACUCACCACCUCUCAGCAAGAUGAAUAGCAUGAACAAGCUGCCCUCUGUCAGCCAGCUCAUAAACCCCCAGCAGCGCAACGCACUGACCCCAACCACCAUCCCCGACGGCAUGGGAACAAACAUUCCCAUGAUGGGCACCCACAUGGCCAUGACCGGCGACAUGAAUGGCCUCAGCCCCACGCAGGCGCUGCCUCCUCCCCUCUCCAUGCCUUCAACGUCCCACUGCACUCCCCCUCCUCCAUACCCCACAGACUGCAGCAUUGUCAGCUUCUUAGCGAGGUUGGGCUGCUCAUCCUGUGUGGAUUAUUUCACGACCCAAGGGCUGACCACCAUCUAUCAGAUUGAGCAUUACUCCAUGGAUGAUUUGGUGAGCCUCAAGAUCCCAGAGCAGUUCCGCCACGCCAUCUGGAAGGGCAUCCUGGACCACCGGCAGCUCCAUGACUUCUCCUCUCCUCCCCACCUCCUGCGUACUCCCAGCGGUGCCUCCACCGUCAGCGUGGGCUCCAGCGAAACCCGGGGGGAGCGGGUCAUCGAUGCUGUCCGUUUCACUCUCCGCCAGACCAUUUCCUUCCCGCCCCGCGACGAGUGGAACGACUUCAACUUCGACAUGGAUGCCCGGCGCAACAAACAGCAACGCAUCAAGGAGGAAGGGGAGUGAGCCCCACCAACAUCGCUCCACCCCGCCUCGGACGUGAACUGCUCAGCCCUUCAUUUGUCUUCCUUCUGCUACUGCAUCCCUGGAUGGAGGGCGGCGGGAGCCUCCUUGCUCGCUCACGCUACUUAUGCCCUUGAUGCUGUCUAGGUCACACUCCUGGACCGCGACCUCCACCCCAGCUCUUGUGACAGAAGGAGCUGAGCGAAGGGGGACGGCGGGUGGUGUUUCCUCAAAAGGUGUCGGCCUUCGUAAGAAGGUGUCGUUCUUGUUUCGUGGUUUCUUUUUAUUUUUUUUGGUGGGAAGAGGGCUUCUUUCCUUGACUUUCCAACCCUCGUACACCUUGUGAGUGUCCUGACCUGCAAGCUGUCUCUCUCUCAUCCAGCAAUCCCACUUUGAAAAGCCGGGAUGAUUAGAAUAAGUUUUAAAAAACCCCAUUUAAAAAAAAAAAAAAAAAUAGUUCAAAAAAGAAAAGACCAAAGUCGCUAAACCCCAAACUGACAGUUCAUCCCAAAAACCAAAUGGGAAUUGGUCUGCUGAACAUUGCACUUAAACAGCCUCUUCCCACAGAGCUCAGUGCUCUGUUCGUGUGUAAUAUUCUCCAGCGGAGACAGCACGUGCACUUUGCUGGACAGGCCAGCGCUUACGACCGCCUGCAACCCACUUCUUCCUAUUCCUUUGUGUUCUACAGGGGAAAAAAAACCAAUCUGCUAUCUUCUCAUCUUGAAUGUAGACAUCCUUGCAUUUCCUGGUUUGCUUAUUUCAGGAUAUAAAUACAAAUACAGCUAUCAGUAAUUCAGACUUGUCCCCCACCCGUUGUUCACCAUUCUGUACUGCUACUGACAUUUAAGCUAGACAAUUAGGCUUUGCAACAUAUGCUGCCUUGUUAGUUAGCAGAAGGAUUUGCCUGCCUGUCUUCCAGUUGAACAGAGAACAAAACAGGAGCUGCACACUGAUUGCAGGGCUUUGGCCACCUUAAACCCAGUCAGUCUUUCAUGUAGAUCGUGUUAGAUUGGUUUCUUGCCAGUUAAAGGUUAGAGCUGUCCUUAGCGAUGCCUGCAGUAGACUGGAGUCUGUUCUGUUGCUGGCGACUACAUGAUCAGCAACUGGAAGUGGAGAGUAAAUAAAUGUGUAUUUUUUCCAACAGCCUUGGAACAAGCACCAGUUCUUUGGUACUGCUACUGCAAAAAGUCCUGUUUACAUGAACUGAAAUGAUUUUUCUGUUUUUCUUCAUUGGUUAAACAGCAGCUGUGCUCUGAGGCAUUUCCUCUAUGACUGCCAGUGAUACUGUGGACAAGCAACUGAACAGAAUACGUGUUUUCACAUUUAUAUUGGCCAAGGUAGUGAGGCUGACGUAUGGAAACAAAUCUAAAGAGGCUCAACUAAGCACGGCUGCUUUCAGGUUGGCUUUUACUGCUAACAGUAAGUCUGAGGGUUGUUUGCUGGUUGGUUCUUUACUGGAGAAAGAUAGAAAAAGCAGGUUUUAAAUAACUUGUCCUCUUACCUUGUUACAGCCAACGAAUCUGGUUAGUUCAAUGCAGAGGCUUUUUUCUGGGCCCUGCUGUGUGUCUCUACACGGAUGUAACACGGUUAGCUUCUUCCAUCUGUCCCUUGUGCCAGGUUGCAUUCAAAGACUGCCUUUUGGUAACUGUGCAAGCCUAUUUUUGGAUAGCUCUGAACGGUAAUGCAAGAUGGUUACCUUGUAAAGUGUGUAUAUAUAUUUUUUUGUAUGUGUAAUUUGUUUCCUACAGCAUAACAUGCCAUUUUUUUUAUUUUUUCUUGGGCUACCGGGUGUGACAGAACCACAGUAAAAUGUUUUUUUGUUUUUGUUCUGUUUUUUUAAUUAUUAUUUUUAUGCAGAAUGCUUACAGUAUACUUUGUAACAAAUGACUUGUCACUCGACAAAUAUAUUUGUAUUUUUCAUACUGAGAUUCCUGUGUUACUUUGCAGUUGAGAGGAAGGGGCAGGUACUGAGAGCCUGUUUUAUCACUUUGUUUUGUAACACUUCAAAGAGCGGCGUCCUAGAUUUCAAAGUAUUUAACGUGCUCAGUGUGAAAACUUACUAUGUCUUUUUUUUUUUCUUCUAGUGUGCUACAAAAGAAGCGAGUCAGCCUCCUCCUGACUCCAUGCAAGAAUUAAUUCAGCAGGGCAGUGUUAGGUAGGGCAGUGUUAGUGUGGGUACUCUGCAAGUUCCUGGCAGGGAACCAGGUUUGUGCCCUCUGUGGUUUUGCAUCUCCAUUGUGUAAUCCUUCGGAGCUGCCUCAGUAUUGUAAAAUAUUGAUGCAAAAAGUACCUUCGUUCUAGGAACAAGCUUCUGACUACUAUAAAGGUUAAUGCUGUGCCCAGAGUCUGGGCACAAAAUCAUCAGUAUCUGCUUUUCAGUUCAGCAGUGAGAUGGAGCUUUGCUGCUGCAUCACUAGUGAUUAAAAUAUAUGCUGUGAAAACCUUUCUAUGUACCACUAUGGAGCGCACUUCUGUGUAACUGGAAUCUUCAAGCGAGUUUGAACAGCUGCAGCUUUUACCUUCCCCUGUAGGGCUGUGAUUUUAUUGUUGUUUUGUUGUUGUUGUUGUUGUUUUGAUACAUCAAAGCCUAUCGUUUAAUUGAGCUGAGAAUCUACUGAUGCUUCUAGUAAUGACAGUGUUUCCUCUACCAGGUCUUGUGUCUGUUUUGGAACGCCUUGUUGUUGAAGUCAAUGAAAAUAAAAGCCAAAUUAAAAACGACACCCCUUCCCUAGCAGUUUCUUUUCUUGCCUGUGCGCC